CACACGCGGCCACGCGCUCCGCCCGGCCUCGCUUACCUCGUGCGCGCGUGUACGCACAAGCCGGGCCCUUCCGACCUCCAAAGGGCCGCGCGCCGCGGCGCCGGAAAAGGGCAGCAUAUAAGGAGAGCAACACCAACGGCGCCCCAGCCUCUCCAUCUCUCCCUCGCUCGUCUCUGCCGGCCUCGAUAGGCUCAGCAUCAGCUCCCCCGUUAGUUCCUUCUCCCAUCCCGGCCGUGACAUGCACGCCUUGACAUAAACGACUCUAGCUAGCUGCCUCUCUCGUUUCUUCUUCUUCUCCACAGUCCACACACCCACCAAACCCGGCACAAGACACCCGCCGGCCCAGAUAUAAAGCAGAGCGCACUUGUGCGGCCGAGAGGCACAUCGUUCGAUCGACGUGUAGAGCGAGGGAGCAAGGUGAUCUAUGGUGUUGAGGGCUUGCGCAAUGGAGGGUGCGGCGGCGGCGGGGGGCAGUUUCGGCGUGCCGUACUACGAGUGGCUCAAGCCGCGGUCGUCAUCGUCGCCUCCGCCGUCGCCAUCGUCCUCCUCGUCGACGUCCUCGACGCUCUCGACGCCAUCGAUCGACCACUCAGCCGUCGAUGGCCAUGGCCGCGACGCCAUGAUGUGCCUGCCGCUUCUUGGUAGGCUCGAAGGGAGGGCGACGACUCCUGAUCGUGGCCAGAACCCUGUCAAGGAAGAGCUGAUGAUGAGCAAUAUCACUGCUACCACCGGCGCGCGGGGAGGGGCCACCGCCGGUGUUGACCUGAACAUCGGCCUGCCGGCGAUCGGCGGCUAUAGCUCCGAGGAGGCGCCCAUCGACGACGAAGACAAUGAGGAGGAGGAGGAAGAGGAGGAGGAGGAAGAGGAGAAGCCAAGGAAGUGCAAGGAGGAGGAAGCAGGAGAGCAAGCCAACAGUGAGAUGGCGGUGGAGUCCGUCGAGGGAGCAGAGCCGGACUACCUCCGCGUGGACGGGGAGGAUGGCAUCAGGGGCUUCGUGGACAGCCGCGGUCGGCGGUACUGGAUCCCGACGCAAGCGCAGAUACUCGUCGGCCCGGUGCAGUUCGUCUGCCACGUCUGCAGAAAGACAUUCAACAGAUACAACAACAUGCAGAUGCACAUGUGGGGCCACGGCCGUGAGUACCGGAAGGGCCCGGAGUCGCUCAAGGGCACCCAGGCGGCGACGCUGGCACUGCUCAAGCUGCCGUGCUACUGCUGCGCGCCGGGGUGCCGCAACAGCGUGGCGCACCCGCGCGCGCGCCCGCUCAAGGACUUCCGCACGCUGCAGACGCACUACAAGCGCAAGCACGGCGACAAGCGCUUCGGCUGCCGCCGCUGCGGCAAGCCCUUCGCCGUCAAGGGCGACUGGCGCACGCACGAGAAGAACUGCGGCAAGCGCUGGUUCUGCGCCUGCGGCUCCGACUUCAAGCACAAGCGCUCCCUCAACGACCACGUCCGCUCCUUCGGCGGCGGCCACCUCCCCGUCGCGCCCGACCAGCAGGCGGCGGCCGCCGUGCCGCCGCUGCUCAAGCCCAAGGAGCGGAUCAUACGCUUCGACCAGGCGGCGGCGCCGUGGAACGGAGCCCACGCCGCCCACGCAUGACUGCAGCAAGUUAACAUCUUUCGUCAGCACGCAUAGAGAUGGAAUAGAGUUACAUCGAUUGGAACAGAACAAGCCGGAUUAUGGCAUCCUGCUCGGAGGCGUACAUAGGCAAUAAGACUCUAGAGAUCGAGGUUGCUUUAAUUUGGAGGCUGUGAAGUAGAUGAAUUUUCUUCCCAAGGAGCGGGAGCUUCGGAGACUGGUAUGGUUAAUAAUGUCUCUAGCUAUAGCUCAUCGAUUUGCAAGGGAGAAAAUUUCUCAGCUUCACAUGCCGAUAUUUAGGCAGCCAUGUAUCAAUGUAUCAUGCAUGCAUGCAUGAUUUGAUUCUAUAUGAAAUCUAGUACACGUGUUAAUUAUUAGUUUAACUACA